GUGUAUAAUGUGUGUACGCACAACUCAGCACAAUCCAGUUUGCGCAUACAUCUCUCCCAAGAUUAAGUUGGGUGAUUUAAUCCUCAGAAAUCUUUUGUCUGCUGAACAAAGUAACGUGGGUAAUGUGCCAAUCGCGAACGUGAAUUUAUUGAAACGUAUGAAGUGAACGUAUGAAAUGAUGUAGUGGAAAUCGUAGAAAUUUAAAGAAAAGUUCUAUACUUUAAGAUACAUUGUGAAAUAUUAUCAAAGUAUAUUCGAAAGGCCUAUUUUAAUAUUUUUCUGAGGUGAAGAGUAAUCAGUUGCUAACGAACGUGAUUAGAUUAACAUGGAACAAAAGGACCGUGAUAAAAUAGACCUUCAUUGUGACAAAGUUGUACCCAAGAUUAAAAUAACGAAAUUAUGGCCAAAGUUGUUGGAACAUAAAAUUUACAACCUAGACGAUGUAAACAUUCCACAAUGGGAAAAGAAUUUAACAGCUGGAAGUACAAUCAAAGAUAUAUUUUCUAAAAUACAAACAAGAGGACCGAAAGCAUACGAACGUCUGUUGCUGAGUUUGAAAGAAAGUGGCCACGAAGAUAUAUGUGACAUAUUGGAAGAUAAAGUUAAAAGGAGCCAUGAGAACAACAACAAUAAAUAUGACAAUACUCAUGUAUCUUAUGUGAACAAAUCUUUUCAUCAUAUUGAAUUGUCUGACGAACCCUUGAAAAUUAAAUUACAAAAAGCUGUACAAUUUGUUGAUGAUGAGAAUGGUCUCAUCUCGUUAUAUCCCAUGCGGAGUAAUCCUCGUGGGUUAGUAUUGUUAAUAACCAAUAUUCUCUAUGAGAAGCCUAGACUCGCGGCGGAACACGAUGAAAAUAAUCUGACGGAAUUGUUUCAAGAAAUGGGUUUCCAUGUUAUUUCAAAGAAAAAUCUGAAAGGAAAAGAGAUAAAGGAUGAAGUGAAAAAGUUUUCAAAGAGAGAGGAGCUAGCAAAUGUUGACUCAUGUUUUGUGAUCAUUAGUAGUCACGGUAGAGAGAAUGAAGUAAAUCAUGGCACAGAGAUACUAGGAGUAGAUACUGGACAAAAGGAUGCCGAGAAGGUUUUCUGCGAUGAAAUCUUGGAUUAUUUCACUGUGGAUGCGUGUUCGAAAAUGGCGGGAAAGCCGAAAAUUUUCAUUUUUCAACUUUGCAGGGGAUUGAGAAAACAGAAAAUAAAAUAUGAAAGACUCGUUACGGAUAUAAUCCCGAUCGACCCUGAAAACAUGGAUGAAGAGGUCAAACCCGAUAAUACAAUAUUACUCGGCCCGAAAUAUUCGAUCAGGAAUUACGCAGAUAUGCUCGUAGUUUACUCUACCCUGCCUGGACAUGUCGCUUAUAGAGACACUGAAACUGGCAGCUGGUUUAUACAAAUUCUCUGCAGCGUAUUCAUGUCUUUUGCCCGUGAAUGUCACGUUCAAGAUUUAUUCAAUAUUAUUGACUCGCAAUUGCAACGUCUGAGGACAAGUGAUGAUAAUUGUCAAACGUCAACUGUGCAAUCGAUUGGAUUUAAUCGACGUUGUUACCUCAACCCUGGCUAUUUUUCGGAUGAGCACAGCGCGAACGAAACGUAAUGAAACGAGGAGGUAGUUUGUAAAAUAUUUCGGAAACUGCUUUUUUACUGCGAUACACGGCAUACUUUUUGAUCACGUGCAUAAUCUUGUUACGUUAAUCUUACAGUUAUUUAUUGAUUAUUAGAGCAAGAGAAAACUCUUGAGCUAUUUUACGAAUUUACUCAGUCAAUAGCACAAAUAUUAUUUCAUAGAUACAUUUUUUUUCUUUCUUAACGUGCUUUGCGAGAAUUUUGUACACGCGUUUCCUCGCCUCUGAUGUCACAACGUAAGAUGGCCGCAGCAAAGGACCAGGGAAUCAUUGGGAGUUACCAUUUUAUAUACACUAUUUUAUAUAUACAAUGUAAGGUAUUGUUACCUUAAUCCUAUUUUCCAGAUAACGUUUGCCUUUGACAUGUAAGGCAAGAACAACAAAUGAAUGACUAUGAUAUGUGGUCUUAUUAAGAGAUAAUAUACAUAUUUUCGUACUUUCCGACUCAAAGUAUUUUAAUGCAUUUUUACGUAUUUUAUCCAUUUUAUAUAUUUAUACAUUCCGAUAUACUUGAGGUAUUACGAAUUCUUAUACUGUAAAACAGUUAUAUCGGAAAUUUGUAAUUUUAUAUAUAUAUACUAUUUGUAAUUUUACAUGUACGAAUG